GCUCCUUUUUUUUUCUCUAGUGAAUAAAAUGCUAUACCAAGACCCACACAAAAUAGGAUGAAAAAACUUGCUGGCUUGAAAAGGGUACUAGAUGGUAUCAAUCAACUAAAUAAUGGCUCAAGCACUCAAACUGAUGGCUCUACUGCAAACAACGAAGCAGAACUUAACGAUAAAUUAAAACCUGACGAUUUCAAUUUAGCAAAGAUUAAUCGAUAUGGGUUCCCGUAUCACGCUACAUGCAUUGCAUUGGAUUCAGUCCAGCGAUUGAUUGCUAUUGGAACAUCCAGUGGUGCCAUAAGAAUCUGUGGUAAGCCUGGAGUUGAAUUUCACAUUCAUCAUGAAUCGAAUGCUUCAGUAAAGAUUUUAGCUUUCCUAAUCAAUGAGGGUGGCUUAGUUAGUGUGUGUAAUGAUGCAAGUCUACAUAUAUGGAGCUUACGGCAGAAUCACCCUGCGUUAAUUCAGUCAUUAAAUUUUAAGAAAGAGAGGAUUACUGCAAUCCACAAUCCUUUUGGUUCCAAAUGGUUAUAUGUUGGAACUGAGAGAGGAAAUAUUUAUAUGGUGCAUGUGGAAACUUUUCGUAUAUCAGGUUAUGUAAUUUCCUGGAACCAUGUAAUUGAUGUGUCAAAUAAGCAGCACCCUGGUCCAUGUAUACUAAUUAACACUAACCCACAGGAUCAAAAUAAGCUUUUGCUAAAUUUUGAAAGUGGAAUAUGUGUUUUGUGGGAUCUGCGUGCAAAAAAGAUAAUCAGUUCAUACGCACUCAGUCAGGCAUCUCAAUAUGUGACAUCUGCGUCAUGGCAUACAGAAGGAAAACAAUUUAUGACAGGUCAUUGGGAUGGUAGUUUGUCUACAUGGAAUUUUAGAAAUCCUAAAAAACCAGAUGAGAAACAAACACCACAUGCAACCGGAAAAACUUCAAACUCCAAAGAAGCAGGUGUGUGCUGCCCUAUUUUGAAAGUUAGAUGGCUGGCAGGAAAAGAUGGGGAUUUACCACUCAUUAUAUUCUCUGGGGGGAUGCCAUAUGGAAAUAAAAGCAAGGGAUUAACAAUAAUGAGAGGCCGGUCGAAAAGUUUAUUACUAUCAGAACAUGUGAUUGAUUUUGAAUAUCUGUCAUCAACACCAUAUCCUACAGAAUAUCCAGAACCUCAAGCAUUGUUUGUCCUGUUACGUAAUGAAAUUGUUGUAUUUGAUUUACUUGGUCCUCUAGCCCCUAGUUUGCCGUGGUUUCAAAUGCCAUACAGGUUUGAUAUACAUGAGUCACCAAUAACAUGCGUACAGUUUUUCCCAGAGUGUCCCAACACAUUGCUUGCAGCUUUUCAUAGCUUACAAACGCCUCAACAUAAAACGGGUGCAAACAAAUCUAGUAGAAUAUGGCCACUCAGUGGAGGCCAAGACGGUGAAGUCAAUCAAGAUCCUACUAUUAUAAUUACUGGUCAUGUGGAUGGAUCAGUAAAAUUUUGGGAUGCUACCUCAAAUAUGUUAAUACUUUGCCAUAAAGUAUCUGUGGCGCGAUUAUUUGAACGUCAUAUCAGUCGUCAAUCGAGUACGACAAGUAACGUCAGCAAAGCAUCUAGCGUGGAACACUUCGAUGACCCUUUUGCUGUACAACAUAUAAGCUUUUGUCCCUAUGGUAGAGUGCUGACGGUUGCCUGUCAGAGUUAUUUUGUUGCUGUCUUCACGUUUUCUACAAAGGACGACAUAAUUGAAACUCCUAAAAUUGAUGUAAAUUUCUGUGUUGAAAUCGGCCAAGAAUGCAACGAAAGUCCGACUUCGGCUGAUUACUCCAUGACUGAUCUUAUUCCGGAUACUAAUGAAACUAGAUCAAACACUCCGAAUAGACUUUCCUCAGCUUCUAUCUCUCUGGUACAUCACCCGCCAAUUCGAAAUGGUGCAGUCAAAUGGCCUGCUGGAUUCCAGCCCAGUCUUAUAUGCCAGCAGGUGGCACCUGAACCCAUGCCAAAUGUGACAACAAUAUCUGUGAGCUCAGCCUACAGUUUAGUGGCGUUUGGAAACACACUUGGCGUGGCUGUUGUCGAUUAUGUACAAAAGUGUACAGUAAUGGUAUUGAUGAGUUAUGAGCUUGGAGUCGCUGGUGAAUGGACAGACUAUUCACAAACACCUAACAACCAGUCCAUCUCUAACAGUAGAAGCAACCCUAUUUCUCCACCGUUGACUCCCAAUGAAACAUUCAGUAGUUGCCCGACUUUCGAGAAAAAAUCCAAAGACAUGGAAAAGCGCAAAGAGAGAGUCUCUCGUGUGGUAAGCAUCAAUCUUGAACACUCGCACGAAAAAGUUAGUAAAAAACAUUCUGUGAAUAGUAUGUCCAGUCUGAACGGUUUUAAAGAUAAAGAAGACGGUGCGGUGGUUGGUAAAGAUCGAAUAGGGGAGCCCACUGCUGGUUCAAUACACGCACUCACAUUUGCUUACUCGUAUACACGAAAAGGAGGCAACCUGGUGUGUCCAUCACUUUGGGUUGGUACAAGUUUAGGUUCAACAGCAGUCCUUGCUUUAAGCGUGCCAUCAGUGGGAGAACAGAGAUCACUGCAACCUGUUCUCGCGCUCUGUACAGGCACAUUGUUGGACCAACGGCAUUGUGUGCUCGAUGUAACACACCUGGAUAAAUCUGGAAACAUCUGCGUUCAACCAUUUGAAUUUUGGCGCAACAAUGAAAGCGCUAAUCCUAACGUAAAACGCAUGAACAUUCAAACUAUCAAUACUGAAUCGACUGUGAGAAGUUUUGUCGCCAUAACAACAGAAAAAGACAUCAGGGUAAAAUCGUUACCGUCAUUUAAAACGUUUGCGUCUGUUGAGCCGGUGUCAGCUUCGUCAUACAUAGUAAGGGCAGAAUCAAUGAAUAUUGAUGGAGGUAAUUGCAUCGGCUGUUUGACCACGGAUGGUUAUUUUAAAAUAUAUAGUUUACCCGGACUGAGAUCGUUGUUGGACGUGGAAUGUGGUGUAUCUUUAGCUGAUUACAGAAUGAUUCGUACCUUUACCAUGGGCAAAGGAGGAGAGGCUGUUUUCUUAGCGUCACCAACAGAAAUUCAAAGAAUUGCAUUUACAAAACAAAAGGAGGAAAGUUUUGUGCAAGAUCAUGGAUGUUUGUUUACGAUGCGCCCUCUGCCAGAACCAAAAGCAAGAGGAUUUUUUGAAAGUUUCUUCACAAGCGCACCAUCAGCACUGGAUAGAGAAGAAUUAUUUGGUCCAAAAAGUGGAAAAGUCCGAAAAGUUGCAGAGUAUGUCCCAGGGUCUGGUAUCGAGUCUUUACGCAAUCAAGCGGAUAGAGCUGCAGAUCCUAUCAACAAAGCAAAAAUGUUAUUAAUUGAGCGUGGUGAGAAACUUAGUGCGCUGCAAGACCGAACUGAAGAAAUGAACGCAAGAGCGCAUAACUUCUCUUCCGCCGCCAAAGCCUUAGCUGACAAGUACCAACGAAAGAAAUGGUAUCAGCUAUAACAUUCUUAAGCAUACGCCAGUAUUUGAAAUCCCGCUUUACGACUGUUCUUUUUUAUGCAACGUAUCGAAAGAAACGUCUUAAUAUUUUUAAAACGAAAUCGACGACGCGACGUGUACAAUAUAAAGGGUAACAUUUAGAAUGCAUGAAUGGAAUUUGCAUUUUUAAAGUAUAUUCGUGUCACAUGACCGACCACGUGAUAUAUAGGAUUACGGAUUAUUGGGUAACAAUAUUGGAAGCGGGGCUCUCCUUUUAAUAAUUAUGUGACAAUCUGUCAUCACAAAAUGUUGAUUCGCACAUGCUCUGAUCCAACGAAUCGGGUCUUCAAUAAAAUAUCGUAAAUAUUUAAAUCUGGUUGGCUGAUUUUUACCGCAAAACCUGUUUUGAAUAAAGGCGGCAAAAGUUGCUUUGUUUUCGAAUUUGUUCUAUGAUCGUUUUAAGAAAUCUUUGAGGAUUGGAUUGACGCGAUUUUAUGUGCAAUUUAAGCUAUUGGUUGUAACAUCCUCGAAGUUUUUACAUCACGUUGACUAAAAUUUUGUGAUGAACAAAUUUUAAGGGUUAGAAAUAUAUUUUCAGAGGAUGAAAAAUCAUCAAGGUAUAUUUUUGUAAGUGAUAUAUAUGAACAUAAUAUGUUGCAAUUAACUUUGUCCCUCAUUUUGCCAAAUUAGAAUAAUUUUCUUUUUUUGUUUUUGUAAGAAAAACGUAAUAUUUGUAGUAUUUCCGUUUAUCUCUCACGAUUUUAAAUAAAAUAGAAUGCGUUUGGCUUUUUUUAAAUUUUAUCGUCUCUGUAAAGACACAAAUUAAGCAUGUUGAUGGGUUUGACUUCAUCUUGUCCGUUGAAGAUUUAAUUUCUGUGUAGUACAAUUGUUUAUGUUUGUGAUACGCUUGGUGUCGGCUAUUAUUUAUUUAUUUCUGUAAAAUAAACAAAUUGUUUUGUAUAGUAAAUAAUAUAGAUUUAUUGAAACAAUCCAUGUUUUAAA